AUGGCCUCAGACUGGAAGAGAUCAGCAUUGCUGAAAUGUUGGUGGAAAUUCACAAACUCUAAAUCUGCUCUUCCACAGACAAAGUUUGAAUAUCAGAUGAGUCUUGAACCCAUAAAGCAAACGUGCUGCUCAGCAUUAAAACAGGACACCUGCAAAGUUCUUAAGAACGAGCCCUGCGGUGCGCGCUUCGGGACUGCGAUUGCUGCGGUGAAGGACCUCAACCUGGACGGAUACAACGACAUCGUGAUUGGCUCGCCCUUGGAGGAUGACCAUCGGGGGGCUGUGUAUAUCUAUCAUGGCCGUGGCAAAGCAAUCAGUAAAAAUUAUUCACAGCGUAUUGCAUCAGGUGGAGACGGGGAAAAAGUGAAAUUUUUUGGCCAGUCUGUGCACGGAGAAAUGGAUUUAAACGAUGACGGGCUGAUUGAUGUUACCAUCGGAGGCCUUGGUGGGGCUGCCCUCUUCUGGUCUCGUGAUGUGGCUGAAGUAAAUGUUUCCAUGCAAUUUGUACCUAAAAGCAUCAAUAUUCAACAACAAAAUUGUCAGAUAAAUAUAAGAAAAACAAUAUGCAUAGACGCCACAAUUUGUUUUAAGACCAGACUAAAGUCAAAAGAAGAUGUAUUUGAAUCCAGUCUGCAGUAUUGGAUUACCCUUGAUGCACAAAGACAGAUAUCUCGAAGCUUGUUCACAGAAACCCAUGAGAGAAAAAUGCAAAAAAAUAUAACUAUCAAAGGGUCAGAAUGUACAAAACAUAACUUCUACAUGUUGGAUAAACCUGAUUUUCAGGAUUCCAUAAAGGUUUUGCUGGAAUUCAAUUUUUCUGAUCCAGAGAGUGGACCUGUUCUUGAUAGCAACUUGCCAAAUUCAAUAGCAGAAUAUAUUCCUUUUACAAAAGAUUGUGGAGCCAAAAAUAAAUGCAUUUCAGAUCUUGUUCUGAUUGUAAAAGCAAGCAUAGCUGGAGACAGCUCUUCUCCAUUCAUUGUAAAGUCACGCAACGAUAAGUUCACCAUCCAGCUCUCUGUGAGGAACAAAAAAGACAGUGCCUAUAAUACCAGAGUUUUGGUUCAAUAUUCUCCAAAUAUUAUUUUUGCUGGCAUUGAGGAUAUACAGAAAGAUAGCUGUGAAUCUAAUCACAACAUCACCUGUAAAGUGGGAUAUCCAUUUCUAAAACCUGCAGAAGAGAUUUCCUUCAAAAUAUCAUUCCAAUUCAACGCAUCAUAUCUCCUGGAAAAUGCUACUGUUCAUGUAUAUGCAACAAGUGACAGUGAAGAACCACCUGAGACCCUGAGUGACAACAGAGGACAUGUUACAAUUCCAAUAAAAUAUGAAGUGGGAUUAAUAUUUGUAAGUGUUUUCAAAGAGCACCAUGUUAUAAUUGCCGCAAAUGAUACUGUCCCUACUGCUAUUAACACAACAGAGCAGAUCGGGGAUGAAGUUACUCUACAUUAUAGGAUUGAAAAAGGUGAACACUUUCCAAUGCCAAACCUCACACUGCAGAUCUUAUUUCCUAAUGUAACAGCUGCCAAAAACACUCUUCUCUACCUUACUGCGUUGUCACAUUCCCAGAAUGCCAUCUGCCAAACUAGUUACCCUGUAGAUCCCUUAAAGAUUGGCGCUGGGAAACCAUUUGUGUUGUCAAAAAUAAAAGAACCUACAAGGGAUACAAUUAUGGACUGUGAUACAUACAGCUGUGCCUCUAUUAAUUGUGCCCUGGUCCCAUCUGACAUCUAUCACGUGAACGUUUCACUGAGAGUAUGGAAACCUACCAUCAUAAAAGCCAGUAUUCACAGCUUAACCCUUGUUGUGAAAGCAUUGCUUAGGAGUGAGAACUCAUCACUGAUUUUGAGAAAUGACCAUCAAAAACUGGAGACCAUGAUUAAGAUUUCCAAAGAGCACCCACCGGGUACAGUCCCCUUAUGGGUAAUCCUCCUGAGUAUCUUCGCUGGACUCUUGAUUCUUGCACUGCUUAUAUUUGCUCUGUGGAAGGCUGGAUUUUUCAAAAGGCCAUUAAAGAAGAAAAUGGAGAAAUGAAAAAAAAAAAAAAAAAGCAGAAAUUUUUGCUCAGGUCUGCCUCCAAAAUGUUACUGUAAAAUUAUAAACGUAGACACAGUGGUUACAAUGCUUUUUAAAUGCUGGUGCACGGAAAAAAAACAAGAAACAGGAAAAAAAAAGAAGAAAUUCAAGCACACAUGCAAAGGAAUGAUGCAAAAAAAGAAUGAACAAUCUUGCAGCAUUUUGUGAUCUUCAAGAAUAUACCUUUAAGGGUUACUCAUUUUUGAAGAGUAACUGAGUUCAAAGAUUCUAAUGUUUUUGAAUACGGAAAGUUCGUAAUCAUAUUUUUAUAUACCUAUGUAUGUGGACUCUUUUUUCCUUCCAAAUUACACUACAGGUCAGCUUGUAUGUAGCAAUCCCAGUCGUUUUUAUCACCUUAUGAUCUUCAAAAGGAAAAUGCAUAAUUUUCAAAAUUCCCUCCUAAUGUCGGUUCUGUGGAAGCAGAUUCUCAAUUCACAAGGCAGAACAUGUAAACUUUGAGAAUGCACCAGAUACUGUAUGAUAGCUGAUGCAAUGGAAACUGAGAAGACAGAAGCACCUCCAGAAUAUUGGGUGAAAAUUACUGAAAUACCCUGGAUUUCUCUUUCUGCUCAUUUUAGCAUGUCCAGCUGAAUGAAGAAUACUCCAAGAAAGAGAAUUUUAUGGUCAAGUGGACCGUAAAGGGUUGAUCCAUUAAAUCACAUAACUGUUUGAACUUGAAAUAUAUUUUUGGCAGGCCUAAAAAUGCGCAAAUCAUUCAAGCCCAUCUGAUUGCACACUGUACUCAAAUAAGCAGGGGCAUAAUUGUAUCUGCAAAUUGAAAUGUCCAUAUUUAUGCAGAAAAUGUUUAGAGGCACCCUGAAAGUUUGACUCUUGCUGUAUAUCUUGGAGUAGCCAGCAGGGUGCUUCAUAAACUGUCACUGUAAAUUUCUUGUGUAGCUAUUUAAUCCAAUGAGUUUAAAGUGUACAAAAUGAAAAUUAUCAAAAGAGCACAGAUAGGAAAUUCAGCACUGGCAAGCUUCUUCUAGUAAUAUAAGUCACAGCUCAUUUUUAUUACUUAGGAAUUUAGGAAGUGAUGAAGAAUUUGCAUACUAAAUAAGCACUUAAAAUGAUGUUUAUUUUGUGUAAAAGAUUAAAAGUUUAUAUGAGAAUACACUGAAAUGUAGAUAGCAAAAGGUUUCUUUAAGAAAUUUUUUCUUUCUAUUUAGAUCAGUUUCUUCCUUUCUUUCAUGUACUUGUCUUCCUCCCAUGAGGAUCUCUCCCUGGGGCUCAUGGCUGUGCCAUGAACUUGAGAGCUUCCUGUGUUUCUUGGAGCCACAUGAAAUUAACAGGAGAAAAAGGAUGCAUGCUGGCAAAGUGUGAUACUGCCUCAGCAUGACUCAGUAUUGAUUGCCAGUAGAUCAGAAAAUGCUGAGGAGAUCUUCUAAGUUCUGUAAGACAUACUUGUUGGCAGUAAAGCUUGGCCUUGCCAAGGAAGCCAGGAAAAUUUGUUCCUCCUCUUGGGACAAAAAUCACUUAAAAAAAAAAAAAAAAAAAGGAAAAAAAAUGGGUUUGCUUGUCACUUUCUUUAUAGUAAUAGCUUAAAAAAGAGCAAUACAUUUUAUAAAGACAUUUUUCAAGAAGAGAAUAUAGAUUAGGUUGAACAUCCUGACUCUGAAAGCAUGCCAAAAGGUGCUUCAUUGCUUGAAAGAUGCUGUCACUCUUCAGCACCUUUUAUUUAGCUCCUAAGUUAGAGAAAGUAGUUAUUGGGAAAGACUGACUUAUGUGAAUGCAACAAGUGAGGAUUGAGUUUGAAAGCUGGCAGUUUCUCCUUAUGUCUGUGGGAAAGGUGGUUAUUUCAUAGCAGCAGUCUGCUGAAGGUAGCAUAUGACUCAGAGGAAGAGCAGAGCCCUCCGUGGGAACACUGUGGGUGGCUGUGCUUUGCAGAGCCUGGGAGAUCUGCUGAGGCUGUGGGACAUGGCUGCUGUGCUCAUCUGGACAGCUGGAAGGGCACCCUGCCUGAAGUGGGUCUGAGCACACAACACAUGAAUGGAAGCAAAAAAGUGACAUAGAGGAAUUGUGGAUAGAAGCUCUGCUUCGUUCAUUGUGAAAUAAGCCAAAAAUCUAUUUUUUCAACUGUGAAGAUAAAUUAAUACAGUGGUGAUUUUAGCCCUAAGCAAGAUGCAGGUUUUACUUUAAGAAAAUUUAUUAUUUUGCCCAUUUGUUUGAAAGACUGAAAUAGCACUUGUCACCAUAGCAUUUGAACACAUCAGAAUUGUAAUUUUUUUUCUCACAGUAUCUCUAAGAAGGCAUGGCAGUGUUGUUAACCUCUUAUGAGCUUAUAAAGGAACAGAGUUUUGAAGGAAUUGUGACUCACCUAUGCACACGUAGGAAGUCUGUGGUAGUGGAGGAAAUACUUGUAUUUAUUGUUAUUCAUUCAGUUUGUUAACAAUGAGGUCAUUUCUCCUGGCUUCAAAAAAUUACUUACCAGUUGUGUAAGACACACAUAAUUUUUAUGCUGCAUACUUUUAAGUGUUUCACUAUUUAGUUAUGAUAAGCUGUUAACCAUAGCUUUUUGUUUUUCCCAUUUUAUAUCUUAUUUUAAAGCAUCAGCCUAACAGAAAAAUAUAUAAGUCAAAAGAACAGUCUAUUUCCCUAGAUGAAGACUAUGCAAAAAUAAAUCAAUAGUAUUUAUCAAUGUAGAGUAUGUUUAAGAUCAGUGUUUCACUUUAGACUUUCUUUGCACUGUAAAAACAGUAAUAAGCUUCAUAUAACCACACCGCUUUCCUCUUUCAUGCUGCUUUCUCUCUUUUCACAUUUGUCCUAUUAUCGUGUUUUCAAUUAUAGUAUCUAUUUAAAAGAUAAGUAUACAUACAUACAUACAAGUAUGUCAAGGGGAUAGCACUAUAGCACAUUAUUCUUACACAAUUCUUAGUGAUUAGUAAACUUGUUAUUUUUAUCUGUACUAGCCUUUCCACACAGCACUGGAAGAGCAGUAUUUUACUGCUUUUCAUGAGAUACAACAGAAAAACCUACUGAAAGCAAUAUUGCAAACAUCAUUAACAUCUCACUUAAAUUUGUCAGGCACUAAAGGUACCAGAACCUAAUUUUGCAUGUAACCAGUUUUGUUGCUAAAAAUAGACACAUUGAGGUUGUAAUGAGAUUCUAAUAACUAUGAAGAUAAAUAUUUUUAUUGAAACAAAAGUGUUUGAAAAUUAAUAAUAAAUUGAGUGUUUAACCGGAGAUUAGGCAACUAAAGGAUUCUGGCCCAGCCAACUCAGUUCCUAACUUCAGCACUGAAGUAGGUAAUUUAGUGGAAAUGGACAAGCUACUUUUCUAUAGGGCAGGGAUUCUCCGCACACUCCUGCCUCAAUAUCAGGUUGUUCUAGAGAUUUCUGACCCCAUACAUGAUUUUAGAAGACAUAGGAAACAGCAUCUCCGUUAGAGCAAUCUCCUUGAGCAGCUCUUGUGCUCCGUGGGCAGUUCCUUUGCUUGUCUGGUUUCACUCUAAGUCAUUCCUAUGAGCCAUUAAUACAGACACAACCCACGUACCCUGACCCCUUACCUGAGCCCUUUCGUACAUAUCCUGUGCUGAGUCAUUUUAAACAUGGUGUUCCUCCUUUUUCCUCUUCCUGAGUCAGGGGAAUCCACCUUCAGCUGAAGCCAAGGGUUUUCAUCUCAGCUGGCACCAAGAGGCUGGAGUUAGGGUCAUACUCAUCUAAUUAAUUCCACAUAACCUAAUUGGUUAAUUUCUUUAAUUACCUGCUAUAUAGAUGAUGACCCAUUCAAAAAUAAAAGCAGAUAAGAUAAUCAGAAUGUACUGCUCUUAACUAUACCACUUAACAGGAAUAAACGGGGAUUUACGUACUUUUUAAAAAACCACAACAUUCUGCACAGCAUUUUCUUUUUCCUGUAAAAGUAUUCCAUGUGCUUUAUUGAUUAAAAAAGAAAUUAAGAGUCUAACAAGUCUCCUGUGUAGUUUGUUUGCUUGUUACUGAUGUAAAACUAUUACUAAGCCAUCUCAGUACCUAAAAACAGAUUCAUCUGCCUGUCAAUAGAAAGGCAUUCUAGAAACAAGCGUUCUUGCAGCAUAAUAUCCAGGAAAGCUUGAUGUGGU